GCUGUUCGCCCGAACGUCUCUGAACGUCUCCAAUCCGUUUCGCGCCCUCCCGGCCCCCGCUCCCCGCUCCCCGCUGCUGCUGGCCUUGGCUCGGAGCGUCCUCCAGCUGCUGCCUCUCUCUUCGCUCUUCGCUCUUGGCUCUCGCUCUCUCUUGUUCUCCCUUCGCUCGCUCGUGCCUUUCUCGCCCCGCCCCCUCCCUCGCGUCGCUCUCGUCGGCCCCUUUCCUGUUGCAUUGCGCGCGCGCAGCACUCUCGAAUCGCAGGGUCUCGGGCGACGUCGAUCUGCGGCUAUGGCGAGUUACGGAUCUUGCAGUUUCUGCCAUUACGUGCUGUAGCGCGCGCUGAUUCUGCAGAGUACAUUGCCGCACGGCGUCCUCCCGGCAGCCAACUGCAGUUAGCUAGUGGACAAGUGAAGGACAUUGGGGAUUUGACGGCCCUAAGCGAGGAAGAGGCUUCGUCUCUGGGAGCUCCACGAGGAUCGAAGGCUUGAAAGUCGAUCAUCUAGAGUUUUGGUCGAACCAAGAAGCAGUUAGAGUUCGUCUUGGCUCCGCAUUGCGUCGAGAAUAAGCACUUUCGCAUGCAAGCAGGUCCUAGGAUAUUCCUAGACUACGUUCAGCUAAAAUCCUAACAGAGAGCAAUGCCUGUUGAAAACAGCCCCGCUAGUACCCUGAAGAGGGGUACUACCCCUCCAGGAGGACCAUCUACAUUUGAUCUUUUCAGUUGGUCCGAGGGCCCUGACACCACACAACGGACAGCGGUGCGCCACUCAGCUACAAAUGACAGCGCUGCGUUCGCUGCCGCAAGCGAUCAGAGUUGCACCAGCCCUCCCAGUCGGCCAACCAUUCGCAUGCAUCAGCCUGCAGGAGGAGCCAGCACAUUUGCAUUCGGUGAGCAGAUGACGCCCGAAGAAGCCGAAGCCCUUGUCAAGAGGAGACCUAACUCUGAGUGCAAGAAGAAAGAAAUGUACGGAAAUGCGAUCUUUGGAGAAGCCGCACUUGUCAACAGAGAUCAAGAAUCAGCGCGUCCGGGGUCCGAAGUGAAGAGGAAAGAAAUGUUUGGAAGCGGGAUAUUUGUCGAAGGAGCAGAGGGCGGGGAGCAUGCUGGCAUUACCUCUCAAGACAGAACCUGCGUACGACUACACCAGCCAGCAGGUGGAGUAAGCCAAAUCCAGUUCGGUGGCGAGGAGCUGACGUCCCCCAAGAAGCCAACUUCCAUCCCCGAAGUUGCGAAACAGAGAGAGCUGAGUGGGAGCACGGAAACCACGUUAGAUCUCAAGCACCGGAGCUUCUCAAACGCCAAAGCCAAAGAACUCGUUGGUAGCAACAUCUUUGGGCCUGCUCCGCCUGAUGCGCCACCUCGGCGCGUCGCAAUGGAGGUGAGGGAACAGCAACAGGAUGGUUAUGCAGAGGCUCCACCUCGCAAUCUCCGUACCUCUGUCAAAGUCUCCAAUCCUGCAGGAGGCCGUAGUCAGAUAGCUUUCGGACACGACGAUACUCCGAACUCUGCGAGGAAAGUGGACCCCCACAAAAUCGCUGAGCUCAGUGGAAACAAUAUUUUCGCCGACGAUCCUCAAACGCCUGUUGCGGAUCCUCACCAUCAUCUCAGCCAUGCAAAACUGCGGGAGAUGAGCGGCAGCGACAUUUUCAAAGACGACAAGCCUGUGAAUAGAGACUCCAUCGGUGGGAUCCGGAAACCCCCAGGAGGGGGCAGCACCAUUGCCCUAGUGUAGAUCAGUGAACAUUCUUGUGGGACCGUAGUACUAGCAUCUGUGCUGUUGCCGGCCCAUGCUUGAGCUCUUCCGAUCGAGGUGUUCCCUCGAUCGGGCUUCUAAGCUUUUGUAGUCCCUACAUCCCGCAGCCUAUGAAAGUGUCAACACCAUCGAUGUAGCCGACCAGAUGAUUAGGCGAGAUGACCUUGGACAUAGCGGAAGAAUCCGCUGUGAACCAAGCUUUUGUACUUUUGGAUUGGUGUAGUAGUUUAGUUCUACGCUGAGGUGGGCAUUGCUAAAUCUUAUGCUCUUUCCGCACUGCUAGUCAGCCAACUUUUAUCACACUUCCCUUUCAACCACUUCUGGGCCUACACGUACAUUUAUUUUGCCCGACUUUCUCCAGUCAGAUUUUGUAUGCCACAAAAGUGGGCUUUUUGUAGAAAAGGGAAAAGUCGUUCAG